AUGUUUUCUCAGCAGUUUGCUCGCAACGGUCGUCUCGCAGGCCAGGCGGCCAGGCGGUUCGCUCGUGCUGGUCAACAGACACGGAGUUAUGCGACACCAGCAGCGGCAGCAGUAGCCGGAGGCGCAUUCAAGAGAGCAGCGGCCAUGCUGGUGGCCGGCCUGGGAGCUAGCACGGCUGGAGGUUUCGGAACAUGGUACACGAUGCACUCCAAUGGCAUGGGCUUCCACUCGGACGAGGAGAGCCUGCGACGCUUCGUCGCCGACGCCGAGGAGGCGCGCAUGGUGGAGGAGACCAUCAACAAGCACCCGCUCAUCGCAGAGCUCCGAGCCGACCCCACCCUCACCGAGUCACGACCACACAUGAAGAUGCCCGGUUCGUAUCGGAGCCGGAGCCUGACGGGCGGGGCGCUCAUCGGCGAGGGUAAGAUGCCCGUGCCGCCGUACGCAUGGAUCGCACCCGAGGGAAAGAAGCUCGUGUCGGUGGCAUACGUGGGAGAGGACCUCUGUGGCCACCCUGGCAUCGUCCACGGUGGCUUCCUGGCUACGAUGCUGGAUGAGGGUCUUGGACGAUGCUCGUUUGGCGCACUGCCUCACAACAUCGCCGUGACGGCCAACCUCAACGUCGACUACCGCAAGCCGACGCCUGCGGGGAGCUUCCUGGUCUUGAGAGCAGAGACAUACAAGGUGGAGGGCCGCAAGGCCUGGGUCAGGGGCCAUAUCGAGCUGCUGGCCGAGCCGGGCGAGAAGCCAACCAUCCUGGCCGAGGCCGAAGGAUUGUUCGUUUCGCCCAAGUACGCUGCGGUGAUGCCCAAGAUUGGUUAG